AGAGGUAGGAACAAUCUGGAAAGUGAACAGAAAGUUUAUUUCGGAAACGAAUGAUCAAAACAAGAUUGUGCUCGUAUUAAAAUCAAUUAAUAUAUUAUAAUAAAAUUCAAUUGAAAUUAGAAGAUGGCAACGUCUCGAGUGAAAACACGCGAAACCAAAACAGGUGAAAUUAUUGCCUACAGCGAGACUGCUAUCCGAAACAACGCUUCAGCUGUGGAAUACUGCCGGACGUCGAUGGCUGCAUUAUCCGGAAGCACGGCUGGUGUUCUCGGUUUGACCGGCAUUCUAGGUUUCCUGUUCUACGUACUAGCCGUUCUCGGUCUGUGGUGUAUGCUGCUUCUGAAGUCAGGCGCAAAUUGGCAAAAAUAUUUCAUCAGUAGGAAAAGUCUGCUGACAAACGGAUUCCUCGGCGGACUCUGUACAUACGUACUAUUUUGGACAUUCCUCUACGGAAUGGUACACGUUUACUGAGGACCGCCACUACUUCAAACUAAUAAUUUCAUUUUACUUGUGUAGAUUGGUUUUUGUCUGAAUAAAUUGAUUUUAUGUUGAACAGGAUAAAUAA